UCAAAAAAAAAAAAAAAAAAAGUCAAUCUGGCCAAAAAAACCCACAAUGUGUCUUUAUAAUCAGAUGUGUAUCUCUGAUUAUUCAAGGAAUAAAAAUCUAUAGAACUAGCUGAAUAUCAUUCCUAAAUUUGUCACAAGGAGUUUUAUAAUUUUGGAAUUAUUCCCUGCCACCCCUUAAAAUUUUUGUAAUAGCAACAUUCUUCUAUAAUUACAUAGAUGUUUAAAAAGUCAAAUUACAAAUAAAAAGGCGAGGAAUUUAUAGUUUUGGGAACAAUUUGUUAUAUUGUCAGGCUUAUGUUGUAUAAUGCAACAAAUAAAAGUUUAUGCUAUAUGUUUGUAAGAUGAAAUCAGAACAUCAACACUAGGAAAACAGAUUGAUUGGAAAAUAACGUCAAGUUGGAAGAGAGCUCCAUUGCAGAAAAGGGAGCAUAACGCAUACAGGAGGGAUGACAGAGUUUCUCUGCUUAACCAAAACUUACUCAGGCUUAUCCUCCACCCAUCUGUGGACCUCAUUAUAAAAUCUAGUUUUAACAUGGAAGCCUGUUUAUCUCGGCCAGGCACGGUGGCUCACCCCGUAAUCCCAGCACCUUGGGAGGCCGAGGCGGGCAGAUCACGAGGCCCACGGCAAAAACAAAAGGUUAGUGGAGGAAAUAGGCAAGAAGAUAGGGGUAACAUGUCCCACAUAACUUCAAACCCAACAAGGCCAACAAAAUUUAAUCUUGAGGUGUGAGAAUCAGCUUUUUUGAUUCUACCUCUCACCUUACAGAGACACUGGGGUAGGGCUUAGGUUCCCAAGCCUCCAGGGGACUCUGCUGCCAUGACUGCUGGAGUCAGCCCACAGCACAGUUCUGCAGGUUGUAGUCAGGUGUCUAUGUCUAUCACAGGUUGGAAUUAUGCACUAGUGAAUCUACAAGUCUGGGUCUGGGAACUCAGGGGUGGCCCUGCCCACAUGGCUCCACUGAGUAUUGCCCUAGUGAGGGUACUCUGUGGUGGCCCCAACCCAACAGUUCUGCUGGACGUUGCCCUGGUGGGAACUUUCUGUGGCAGCCCUGCCCCUAUAGCAGUUCUCUGAUUGGGCCCUGAGGCAUUCUUCAAGGCUUCCUCGGAAAUUAGGUGGAGAAAGCCAUGCCUUCACAGCUGUAGAUUUAGCAUGCCCGCAGUUAGCACCACAUGGGAGCUGCCCCAUGUUUGGCUCCUUGUGUUUUCUGGAGGAGUGAUCUGAGCUGUACCUGGGCCCACUUGAACCACAGAUGGGGAAGCUGGGGAACGCUUCGCUUGACUUCAGGGAGGAGAUACAUGAGGCAGCAUAGUCACUGAGCCCCAAGUUCCCACAGGCACCCUGGGUUUCACUGGGACCCUGGGCUCCUUCCUUAAAAUUGUUAUUCCCUCAAGGACCUGGCACUUGAAUCUGUGAUGAUUGUGGCAUCCUCAGUGUUCUCUGAAAUGUCUUCAGGGUCACCCUCCCAUUGUGUUAAUGAAUAGUGUCCGGUGUCCUAGUCAUACUAACCUCCUUAUAAAAUGGUCAGUUGGCCACACAGUUAGUUUUCUCUCCUGAACACAUUUUAAAAAUUCUUCACAAGGCCAGGCUGUUAAUUUUCCAAAUCUUUAUGUCCAACUUCCCUUUAAAAAUAAUUUUCUUUGGCCCUUUCCGGCAGGGACGACCUACCCAUGAGAACAUGUCUCUUGCAAAGGAUCUCCUUCAUCCCUCUCCAGAGGCGGAGAAGAGGAAACACAAGAAGAAACCCCUGGUGCAGAGCCCCAAUUCCUACUUCAUGGAUAUGAAAUCCCCAGGAUGCCAUAAAAUCACCACGGUCUUUAGCCAUGUACAAAUGGUAGUUAUGUGUGUUGGCUGCUGCACUGUCCUCUGCCAGCCUACAGGAGGAAAAGCAAGGCUUACAGAAGGAUGUUCCUUUAGGAGGAAGCAGCACUAAAAGCACUCUGAAUCAAGAUGAGUGGGAAACCAUCUCAAUAAACACAUUUUGGAUAAAA